GUCAUACUCGAACUAGAAAACAACACAAAAAUCCAAAAGCAUAACUUCAGAAACAAACUUUUUUUACCCAUUUUUGUCUUUCUCUCUUUUCUCUAGGUCAAAUCUUAAAUCUUAUCCGUCAAAUGAUCCGUACAUCAGCCGGGUCGGCUCGCCGGAUUCUGAGUUUCCCGGCGGUUCAACCAUGCGAGACGAUCCCCACACUCACCCUUCUGAAUUCACUGAGUCAACUCGCCGGGGACAUUCUCAGCUACAGAACCAGACAUGUCUCCACGAACCGGCGGAAUGUCCGGGAAACUUUCAGGCAGAUCAACAACCUCGUCAUCGUCCUCGAUGAAAUCCGGAUCCGGGUCGGGUCGUCGGAUCGUCCGUUACCCGACUCCGCCGUGUUGAUCCUCUCGGAGCUCCAUGUGAUCUUUCAGAAGCUCAAGUUCCUUGUGGAAGACUGUGCAAGAGACGGAGCUCGGUUAUGGAUGCUGAUGAACUCGGAUCAAGUGUCGGGACAUUUCCGGGUCCUGACCCGAUCCAUCUCCAACACCCUCGACGCAUUUCCGGUUAGGUCAACGGAUCUACCCAGAGAAGUUAACGAGUUGAUCGACCUCGUCGUGAGGCAAACCCGGAAGGCGAGGGUACAGCCCGACCCAGAUGACAAACGGGUGGUAGAUUGUGUCGGACGGAUACUGACUCAGUUCGAGAACCGGGUUGACCCGGAUCCAGACGAGAUAACCCGAGUUUUAGAGCACGUUGGGAUCGAAAAGUGGAGCGAUUGCGGAAAACAGAUCAGAUUUAUCGAAGAAGAGAUCGGAACAGAACGUUUGGACAUAACCAUGGAAGAGAAAAACAAAACCCAGAUCGAACUUCUCAGUGGUUUAAUGGGCUUCAUGUUCUAUUGCAGAUGCGUGAUAUUUAGAUGUAUCAACAAAGAUCCCAGAGAUGAUGAUGACGACGACAAGGUUGCAGAUUUUCGCGAUUUGAUCCAUGGCGUGAACCCUGAUGAUCUUCGCUGUCCGAUAUCUAUGGAGAUCAUGUCGGAUCCUGUUGUUAUAGGAACAGGGCACACCUAUGAUCGAAGCUCGAUCUCGAGAUGGUUCAGAUCCGGGAAUCUUACAUGUCCUAAAACCGGCAGGAGUCUCACUAAUACUGAAUUAGUGGAUAAUCUCGCCGUUAAGCAUGUGAUUAAGCUUUACAACUCCCAAAACGGCGUAGUUUUGACGGAGAUGGAUCGGGGGAGGAGCAAAAGGAAGACCCGUGACGUGAGACGGACUAGUGAGCAGUUGAGUUUAGCGGCGGAAGGCGUCGGAAAACUUCUCGCCGGAUUUCUCGCCGGAGAAUUGGUCAACGGUGGUGAAGUAGAAGACAUUGGCAGAGCUGUUCGUGACGUUAGUGUUCUUACAAAGACGAGCAUUUUUAACAGGUCUUGUCUGGUGGAAUCUGGUACUGUGGAUCCGCUUCUGAAGCUUUUGCGGUCGGAAGAUCACGAUGUGCAGAAAAACGCCAUGGCUGCUCUACUGAAUAUCUCGAAGAACAUCGCCGGGAAAUCAAAGAUCGCCCAGAACGGUGGAUUAGGGAUCAUAGUGGAGGUUUUAAACGAUGGAAUGAGAUCAGAGACAAGACAAAACGCUGCCACCGCUCUGUUUUAUCUCAGUGCUGUCGGAGAUUACAGCAGAUUGAUCGGAGAGAACCCGGAUUCGAUUCCGGGUCUGCUUAAUCUGAUUAAGGGUUGUAUUCACAACGAUUUUGCUAAACGAAACGCAUUAAUGGCGAUUAUGGGUCUGCUAAUGCAACAAGAUAAUCACUGGCGGGUCCUCGCCGGAGGUGCUGUUCCCGUUCUUCUUGAUCUCAUGAGAUCAGAAGAUUCCGGCGAGCUAACGGCGGAAUCAAUGGAGAUUCUGGCGAAACUGGCGGAAUAUCCCGACGGAACGAUCGCAGUGAUCCGUCGUGGCGGGUUGAAACUCGCCGUAAAAAUCCUGGGUUCGCCGGAGGUUUCGCCGGCGGUGAAGAAGAGCUGCGUUGCGCUGCUCUUGAACCUGUGUACUAACGGAGGGGGUGACGUCGUCGGGGCUCUCGUGAAGAGUCCGUUAGUGAUGGGGUCGCUUUACACGGUGUUAGGUAACGGAGGGUGUGGAGAUAGCAAAAAGACGAGCGCUCUUAUCAGAAUGAUCCACGAGUUCCAGGAGAGGAAAACCGGUUCGACCGAACCGGUUAUCGCGAGGGAACGGUUCGUACACGCCUGGUGAUUCGGUUUGGUGCAGUAACCUUUGGGUAUUUUAAAAGGGUUAUACACCAAAUACGGGAUUAUUUUAUCUUUGUAUAUAAAUGAUAUGUGAAUAAUAUUAUUAGCUCUCGGUUUUUAUAGAAGGAGCUAAUAAUAUGUAAUCAGCUCAUGGUUUUUAAAGACAAGCUGAGCCCAUACUCUAAUUAAGUUGUUUGUAAAAACGAAUGAAUAAUAUAAAUCAUCUAU